AUUUCUAUGAAUCUCAAUGUUUUGACGUUUAACAUAACCUAAAAUCUUUCAAAUUAAUAAAUACUUUUGAAUAAUGUUUGAAACUUUUUUAUGAAUUAACAUGGAAAAAGCAAACUUGCUUCAAAUGGUGCUCUGAAAAAAGUUGUUGAAAAUAGCAUAAAGGUUUCAGUGAAAAUAGGAGAUGGUUAUUCAUAUCGCGAAGAGGAGAUUAAGAUGGAUCCUUCUGAUAGGUCUCAUUCUCGUAAUGUUUCAUUUGUGUGGCGGAUUCCUGCAUUUAUUUGCUAAGGAUUUCAAUGAGGAUUUUGAUUAUCCAUAUAGUGGUAAUGUGAAAUUUCUGGUGGAUCAAAUGUUGAAUGGAGCUGAAUUCACACCAUCAAACUUCUAUUACUUCAAAUACAAAUCUAAUUUGAGUCAUAUCUGUAACAGUUCAGUGAAAUUGUUGUUUCUUGUUAAAUCUGAUCCGGAACAUUAUGAACAGAGAAACGUUAUAAGGUGGACAUGGGGUUCUUCGAAGCAACUUGAAGGGAACGUCAAUAUAAAAACUGUUUUUCUCAUAGGGGAACGUGAAUUGGGAGACGAUCGAUUAAAUACAGAAUUCAAUACUCACAACGAUAUAUUGCAAGGGAACUUUAGUGAUUCAUAUUUCAAUAACACAAUAAAAACUAUGAUGGGUCUUAAAUGGGCCUUUGAGUUCUGCUCGAAAUCCACUGACUAUAUCAUGUUUGUUGAUGACGAUUACUUUGUUUCUGCGAAGAAUGUGUUAGAGUUUGUUAAAAAUCCAUAUAUUUAUCCUGGGAGGGAUAAAACUGUUGAAAAGUAUAGUUUCUUAGACUUAAGUCCUGAUAAAUUCGAGUUGUAUGCAGGAUAUGUAUUUGAGUCAUCUCCCUUUCGAUCUUAUUUCAGCAAGUGGUAUGUAUCUUUAAGGGAAUAUCCAUAUAAUAAGUGGCCUCCUUAUGUUACUGCUGGAGCUUUUGUUCUGAGUAGAUUAUCUCUAAUAAGGAUGUAUUAUGCGAGUUUAUUCAUGGAUCAUUUUCGAUUUGAUGAUAUUUACAUUGGUAUUCUAGCCUACAAGCUCAGAAUUGAACCUGUACAUAAUACCAAUUUUCAUUUUUAUAAAUUGCCAUACACACCUACUGGUUAUCACAAACUAAUAGCUACACAUGGCUAUAGUAGUCCAGAUGAAUUGUGGGGUGUAUGGAAACAAUACAAGAAUAAUGAACAAAUCUGAUGGUUCUAUUAGGGAGAAUUGUUAAAACUAUGAUUCCAUUUUCGUUACGUUUAUCUGGCAUCACCAUUGGUUGUUAAAUAUUGAAAUUUCAUUUGGUAUGAAGGCGUUAUUACGCUGGAUCCAACUUAUAGCCCCGUUGUGGGGUGUAUUGAAGAAAUUUUCUCCAUUUCAGAUUACUGAAAUAGCCAGUAGUUUUAGUGCUGAUUGAAUAUUUGUAUUUGAAAUCAGUAAAUCAUUGCGAAUGCUCACAUUCUGAAUAGAAUUAGAAUUCAACAAAACGUUAUUUUUAUAUUUUUAUUGAAAUGUUAUCACUAUUGUGAAUUUUGAAUUAUUUUCGUUUUUGUUGUGUGAAAUCUACCUCUUGAAGAGCGACUAAUUGACACUUCUUAUCGUUAUAAAAUUGUACUGCAAGUGUGGAAUAUAUUUGUUAUAUUUAUAAA